CCGUACUUUUCAAUAGGGGGCCUCCCCUCCACGUUGCAUUUCCACAUACACGUUUGGCGCAUGCGUCUUCUGUCUCUUAAUUUUUGGAGAGACCCUUGCACAUUGGGACGCCAACUCAUAGACUGUAACAUAGCAACAUGGCGACUGAGGAUCAUGUCGAUGACAGCCACUUCGAGACCGGUGAUGCAGGGGCUUCCAGAACGUACCCGAUGCAGUGCUCUGCACUGCGCAAAAACGGGUUUGUUGUGCUGAAGGGACGCCCAUGUAAGAUCGUUGAAAUGUCAACCUCCAAGACAGGCAAGCACGGCCACGCUAAGGUGCACAUGGUCGGCAUUGAUCUGUUCACCAAUAAGAAACUGGAAGAUAUCUGUCCAUCUACCCACAACAUGGAUGUUCCUAAUGUGUCUCGUCGUGACUAUCAGCUCGUGAACAUCGAUGAGGACGGCUACAUGGCUCUCUUGGACGACAGCGGCGAUACUCGUGAGGACCUGAAGCUGACUGAGGACUCUCUCGGCAAGGAGAUCGGCGAUCGAUUCACUGGCGAAGAGAGCCUCCUGGUUACAGUUCUAAAGGCCAUGGACAACGAAUGUGCUAUCGCAGUAAAGACAUUCAGUGACAAGAAAUAAUUCAACCAGGCACAGGCGCUAACUGUUUUCCCAUUUGCUACUCAAACAAAUUAUUGGUGAGCUGUCAUCCUCGGCAUUGGUCAGCAAACUAUCGCGAUAACUCUUCAUCAAAUGAUCUUCUAUCAACAUCUCUUACAAAUACUACAUGUUGACUGCUUUUCAUGACGGCCUCCUGUGUCAUGCUGACUACGAUGCUAUCAGUUUCUGUUUUGCAAAAUAAUCUAGAGAUUAUGUACCAUUUCUGCCUGGUCCUAUUGUGUGGAUGGGUGGUCUUGUCGUCAGACUAGUGCUUAUGGCGAACACCGUGCUUAUCGGUGGACAGGAAGGAUCUAGACUGGGGAUUCUCUUUGAGAAAUCAUGGCCUGAUUUGUACAUAUUCUCUUUACGAAGAUUAUGGCUAUAAUUAGAUCGAUGAGACGCAGCCAGGGGUCGUGUUACACAAUGAUGCAGUCCAUUUUCUAACAGACCUGAUGUUGUUUCCCUCUGCCGAAAGCACAAGAGCUCUACUUUCUUACGCGUGUAUCUGUAGCAGAGGCGUCGCCAUAGGGCAACACGGGCACAUUUGCCUUGGAGGCUUGAGGGAUUGUGCUGAUGUGCUUGGAGUAUGCAUCUCUGGCCUGCCACUGUGUGCAGUGUCCAUCUGUGGGCUGGUUCUAUCGGAUGAACCCCCAUAUUACCGUUGGCCAAGGAGUACUUGUUUCAUUCAUGAAAUAUUUCCUGGUACAGAUGAUAUAGGAUUUUUGUGGGAUUGGGAGGGUCUUGGGUAGUUUACCAUGCGUAUUGGGUCUUUCCUGCAGCUGAAGUUUAACUAGGGCAUGUCUUCAUAGACAACGUGUUGUUUUUGAAAUAAAUUCAUUAUCCAUUAUAAUAAAUGAUUAUCAAGUGUUUUGCAAGUUUUUGCUCUAUGUUUGAACCAUUUUAAUGUCAAACAAUGUGAAAGAGAAAUGCUAAAUAAAAUAGCCAGUAUGAGUUUUUUA